AUGUCGAUCUUGGCAAACAGACACAUCAAGAUACAGCCUCAAUGCCCAGUAUGCAAGCAAGGGGCGGAAGAUAUGCGGCAUCUGAUGUUUACAUGUGAAAGAGCAAAAGAAGUAUGGAAGAAACUGGGGUUACAUGAAAUAAUAGGUGAAGUCAUUCAAAUUGACAGGUCAGGUUGGGAUUCCGGGAGUCUUUGGUGGUUGGGGCUUGGUAUAUAUGGUGGCAGCGACAAGAAUUUGUUAAGGGCAAAAAUGUCCAAAAUCCUUCAGAUGGAACGGGUGCAGCUGCAGCAAUUCUUCGAAACAACCGAGGAGAGGCUCUUGCGGGAGCAUCCUGGUUGCUUCAUCAUCUCCUUGAUGCAACAACGGCGGAAGCAAGAUACAGGCUCGUCUUUCUUCCGUAAGGGCAAGGUGUGGCAUCCAGACAUGGGAUCCGCUGCGGUGUCACCCAGCGGGUACCACCAGAUUGUGCUGGAUGGCUACUCGGACACCAAGCACACCCCAACUGACAAGAGCAUCGAUUCAGUCCCCUUCAUCAUCGGAGGAUACCGCUGGGUUCUCAACGGUCGUAUGGUUCUGGGGUUUGACAAACUUAUCAAAAGAAUUGACUUUGAAAAGUCGCGUCUCAUGGGAAAUAAUCAUAUCACCAUACAGUGUGACAUCAAUGUCGUCGCAGACACCGGCGUCCCCGCACCACUUCUUGAAGAGGUCCCACCAUCUGAUAUACGACAGCAUAUUGCUGAUCUCUUGUUGACCAAGGAAGGUGCUGAUGUGACAUUCCAGGCGGAGCUCUUUGGCUCCAUGAAGGAGGGUGGCACUGCAUAUGUCAUACAGAUAAUUGACAUGGAAGCAAAAGUGUUUGGCGCCAUGCUUAGUUUCAUCUACACUGACUCGUUGCCCAAGAUGGAGACAGAUAGCAUGGACAAAGGAGAGGUGUCGGAAGGCAAAGGAGAAGAAUCUAUGUGGCUGCAAUCCUUGCUUGUUGCGGCAGAUAGAUAUGAUAUCCUGAGGAUGAAAUUGAUAUGCGAAAACAAGUUGCGAGAGUGCAUUGACGUGAGCAUGGUGUCUGGCAUUCUAACUCUAGCUGAGCAGCACGAUUGCCCUGGGCUGAAGGAGGCAUGCUUGGAGUUCCUCAAAAUUCCUACAAAUUUAGAGAAAGUAUUGAUGGCUGAUGGCCUGGACCAUAUAGUUCGAACCUGCCCCUCCCUUGUCAAGGAGCUCCUGUCCAAGUUUGCUUCCUAAGCUUCACUACAAUGAAAAUCAUCAUCAAUUUCCCAAGGAAUGAUUAUGAUGGCUUCUGGACCAAGUACUUCAUGAAUAUGCAUAGUUUUAGGCAUGAUUACCUGUGUGAUUGGUAUUCCCUUUUCUGUAAACUAUCAGCCGUGCUAUGUUAACUGUGGAGUAUCAAAUAUGCACUGUGAUUCAGUUAUAAGGUAUAAUUCUUCUUCUU